AUGUCCGACCAUUUGGGCUCAGCACAUCCUGCUACAAUUUCUGUCUUAGGUGCAAUGCCUGCAGAGCCGUCUCAUAUGGACUCCGAACCUACCUACCAUUCUCCAACCCCCGAAACCGCAGGAGCCCGUUUUCGUAGAGUGUCAAGUCUGGCAUAUCACAGCUCAGGUCUUCGGGAGAACCGAGAGAGAGGGGUACAACGAAGCUCCAAGUUUUUUGUUGUGGUUAUUCCUCCCCCGGCAUUGCUUCAAGAACACGGUCAGCUAGGACAUACAUUAUCUCUUGGUCCUCGACACCGUCUUUCGCAGGGAAUGCUGUUACCUCUGUUCCCCACGAUGUAUGGCCAGCUUUCCGCUAUUGCGAGGGAAUUCAAUUUCCCCAGUACUACGGGGAUAUGUCUCUACUUUCAUUUCACAGAAAAUGGGAUUACCGCUACUCCCCGCAUCUCCGAUGAAUCCUGGCAAAUGAUCUGGAGCAAUGUGUUUGAUCCUUCCUUCCCUGCUCCCCGAGUUCCUAUCGUUGGAAAAGUGGAAUUCGACAUAGACAUACGGCAUGCACGUUGGUAUUCAGCUUGGAUUGCGUCUACCCACAGAGAGCACGUAGACGUCCCGGCAUCUGUAGGCCCCUCCACAGCACCCUCCUUAGCCCACUUCAGAGGGGACAGUAGAAAUACAGAAUUGGAAAUUAACUUUCAAGAUGAUCAACUGGAUAAUGAGUCUAUCUCUCCUCCAUCAAUUACACGCCAUGGUCGCCAUGUACCAAAGAAACUAUCAUUGGUGGACCGACUUGACUCGUCAUUACGUGCGGUCGCAAGAACUGCUACUGCUGCUGCUCAUAUUUCUCCAGAGCACUCUGCCUCAGCCCGCGCGUUAUCACCGAUAUUUCAGGAAGAUGAACCAAAGACUGCAAAGCUCGAAGACAGUCUUGCAAAACGAGUAAAAAGCUGGCGCGCCAGUGCCUCCUUGACACCUAGUGCUCUUGCCGCUAAAGGUCAAACUAGUCUAGAGCCUGCCAAUCUUCCGAACACGAUGUCCUUGGACGGUGUUGCUGAUGGCGAAGACAUGGAGGAACUCAACUUGGAAGAUUUCACCUGGUCUGUAUCUUCUUUGGGUCCCAAUGAUUGGGAGGAAGGAUCAGUUGCAUCGGGGCCACGGCUCCCGUCCGUUCAUUUGGCAAACCGUAUGGAGAGUUCUGUGUGCAUGACUCCCUCGGUUUGCACCUCUUUUGGCCCUUCAGAUUACACGUUACCAUCACCCAUACCUAGUUGGGCGCGCGUUAUGACUCCCGACAUUGCUCAUCGCAUGUAUGAAGACUGUCCUCCAACCCCUAGUACCGCGACCAGCUGGGGACCUCCGUCCGAAUAUCCCGCUUCUCCAAUCAGUUUCGGCAGAGUUUCUUCCGUGGACCUUGGUGACCGUGCUGUCUUCAGUCCGCCUCCAACUCCCAUGACAGCUACAUCGUGGGGACCACCUUCCGAGUAUCCACAGUCUCCAAUGAGCUUUGGCAGAGCCCCUUCAGUACAUCUCGGUGAUCGUCUCGUCUUCAGCCCGCCGCCAACUCCUUCCACUGCAACGACUUGGGGGCCUGCAUCUUGGCCCUCUAGUCCUAUUACACCUUUCUACGUCCAGACCCCUGACGUAGGCCAACGUGCGUUUGACCCCGAGGAUCUUGCUUUGCCAAGUGCUCCUUGGAAACAGGUGUGGCCUUACCACCAACAGCAUUUGGAUACAGUAUCGGGUCCCGAGAGUCAAGUAUCGCCAUACAACUCAGCCCAUGCUCCCAGCGCUGAGUUGACCAUGUCGGUUCAUGCUCCGUGGGGACAUUCAUGGCCUUAUCACUCGUAUGCUAGUCAAGAUCUCUCUCCGGUCACAGUUCGGCCUGCGUGCUCUUACCCAUCGCUAAAGAUUUAUCCGUCUGUUUACCCAUAUUUUGACGAUCUUUACCCCGCCAAAGUUUUGGGUGUUAAGUCUACCACGUACUUGAGCUCAAUAGAUAUCUAUCCAGCGGUGGAUCAACAUCAGAAGUCGAACAAACUGGUCAACGUCAAGAUAGUUUCAGGAUGGCCCACUUUCGAAAUAUAUCCACCUGUGGCCAUCGCGGAGCAGUCGCAGAGCUCAUAUACUCGACAUAUAUCUACCCCGGUGUCAGUCCAUCUUCCAUGCUCCUACCCGUCGCUGAAGAUUUAUCCGUCUGUGUACCCAUAUUUCGAUCUUUACCCCGCAGCGGUUUUGAGUGUCAAGCCUGUCUCGUACCUAAGCUCAAUUGAUAUCUACCCAGCGGUGGAUCAACAUCAGAAGUCGGACAAAGUGGUCAACGUCAAGGUAGUUUCAGCUUGGCCCACUUUCGAAAUAUAUCCACCUGUGGUCAUCGCGGAGCAGUCGCAGAGCUUGGAUACUCGUCAUGGAUCGGUCCCGGUGUCAGUUCGUCUUCCGUGCUCCUACCCAUCGCUGAAAAUUUAUCCAUCAGUGUAUCCAUAUUUCGACGAUCUUUAUCCCGCUGAGGUUGAGCCUACUUCCUACCUAAGUACACUCGAUAUCUACCCAGUUGUGGAUCAAGGUCAUCAAGGUCAUCAAUUGAGUAGAGUAAUUCACGUCGAGGUCGCUUCAGCGUGGCCCAUUUUUGAGAUAUAUCCAUCGGUAGACAGCGCUGAGAAAUCGCACACUACGUAUGCCAGGAAUUCACCUGUCUCAGUUCGCCUUCCAUAUUCUUAUCCGACAUUGAGACUUUAUCCAUCUGUGUACCCAUAUUUUGAUGACCUUUACCCCGCGCAGCCUUCCAUUACACGGUCUUAUCCGGAUUCCUUAAUUGUCUACCCAGCGAUAAAACAACUAAGCAAAGUGGUCCACGUCAAAGUCGUCUCCGCAUGGCCUGUGCUUGAAAUUUAUCCUCCUGUGACGAGCAUUGAGCAGUCCUAUAACGUGCAUACUGGCCAUGGAUUAUCAUCGAUUUCAGUUCGUAUUCCAUGCACCUACCCAUCUCUGAAGAUCUAUCCUUCUCUGUACCCAUACUUUGAUGAUCUUUACCCCGCUAAACCUCAAACGGAAGAGACUGUUCCUUAUCCUCAGAUCUAUCCACCAACGAGCGGACGUCAGGACUCCGCUAUUAUCGAGAUAUAUCCUGCAAUGGGAAAACCUUUUUUGAAACCCAUUACCCGGUCUUCAUUAUCUUAUCCUUUGAGCGCCUUCGACAUUUAUCCCCCGGUGCAAUCUGAGGCGGCCACACAAAAUUGGCAUUCUCUUAGUGAAAGCAAGCCAGCUGGAACUGUGGACCCGUCAUCGGCAUACCCUAUCUUUGAUCUGUACCCUGCGGUGUAUCCACGUAACUCUUCUUCAUUUGCUCACCCAGUGGUCUUCGCGGUUUCCAAUACCUGCAAGACAAGGCAGUACCCAGACUUCAUCCUCUAUCCCUGUCGCCAGUAUCCGGAUUUCAAUUUAUAUCCUCCCCAAGAGAAUAAGGAUCAAAGCAUACCAAAAACUGUUGCAAGAUAUGGCGUGUUUGAUUUAUAUCCGGCGGUAUAUCCUCAUAUAUUGCCCUAUACUCCCAUGAUGUCUGUUGUUAGGCCAUCAAAAUCGUCUUCGAGUAGGCAUGUCGCUCGCUCUCAUAAGAGUCUCCACGCUGAGGUAUUCCCUCUUGGCUUUGUAUCUACUCCAGCCGUGAUGUUGCAGGAAGAUGUCAAGAAGAUUGUUGCGAAUCUCAAAGGUCAUCGUUCGCAUCGCGAACUCCAUGACGAAGUAUUUCCAGAUGGCGUAGUUAUCACUCCUAAUGGAACAGUGACACCGAGAGUGUCCCGGACUCUAACUCGCCCGGAAGUACCUCCUCGUCCAAUCGGAGCACGCGUUAGGUCUGGUUCUGUUUCUCACCGGCCGCUUAGCUUUGUGGGUCCUCUGCCGUCCUAUGGACUUCCUGCACGACCAAACGUCCGUCUCUCCACCUAUAAUGAAACUGUUUCUGCCCCUACAAACACUUCCAUAGGCUCAAUUGACCGUAGUACAUACCCUGUAUCGACCGUGUCUACUCCAUCCAGUGCUCCCUUGCCCAUUCGUAGCUCCACAAUUCGAACAGGUAUACCAGGUACAUCUUCGACAGACCCAGGACUACAGAGUCCUUUAAGAAGGGUAUCGUCUUCCGCUGCUCCGACGAGGACUUCUUCUAUGCGGAGUGCUAAUACUGGGCUUGCACCUGUAGCGGAGGGAGCUAAUAGUUCACUUGAACGUUCGGCCUCGAUGGGUCUUCGUCGACCUGUGAUACUAUCAAGUAGAAAUGACGAGCCCAGGACUGUGCACAAGAAGCGAGAUAGCGUGGUUCUACGGAGAAUCAGGGCUUUUGAAGAAACGGAUCCGGAUUCAACGCGUCACUCCCUGAAUAGGACUCUGAAAGAAUUCCCCUUGCCUCCCCCUCCCCCACCUCCUACCGGCAGUCUUCCUCCUGUGCCUAUACGCCGUACCCCAAUCUAG